UCAGGAACAAUGUGAAACCAAAAAUCAUUAGUCUGGCUCAAAGCAAGGUGAAGGCGUUUCCAGGAAUCGCCAGCAUCCUAAAAUUAAUGGAAGAAGAAACUACAGAUUCUCCCACAAAAAAGACAGAAAUUGAAGAGGAUGGAGCCGUAAUGCUGGUGCAACAACUCCUCAGGGAAAAAACAAACAGAUAUGAUCCUGUGGUCAAAAUCUGUUCAGAUGAUGAAUCAAUUGAUAAGGUGAUUGAAAGUGUUGUGGCACCCAAGCUGAUUGGAUCUGGGCAGUAUGGCUCAAUCACCCCACUCUAUCUGGUAGCUGAAGGAGAGGUUAUUAUAAAAUUUCCCAAUACUGGACUUAUUAAUGCUUUGGUUGUUUUACUUGCAGCCUAUUAUGCCUUUAAUAUAAAGUAUCCUAACAAAGGGAGAAAUUUGUUUUCAUUCAUUGAAGCUACUCUUCUUGGCAACUUUGAAGAUGCCAAGAAGCGUGUUUCUAUUAAUAGAUUGCUAAAAGACAUGGCUUUUUUGUGAGAUGAUUUAGUUUGUUUGUAGCUGCAUGUUUGUGUUAAAUCACAGUUGAUAGAAGAUAUGGUUUGGAAACUUCUAAGACAAAUAAUUUAUAAAACAGCUCAGCUCAAUGUUUUCUGUUCCUCAUAAUGCCAAAUCUGGUUCUUAUUUCUCAUGUGUGUAGGAUAUUUUUGCUAAGCAAAUGGAAAUGCUUUCAUAGUUGUAUAACUUUAAUAUUGACACCUAUAUGUAAGGUACGUUGCACCAAUAAUAAAAUCUGACAUGUCACACUGACAUGUACAGAUCAAAUCCUGAUGCCUAACAAAGAGAAAGUCUCCAAACCAUAUAUUCGAUAUUGUACUGUGCAAAUAAUGUCAACAAUCAAACAUUUUGUUCUUUUAUAGUUAAAAAAUACUUAUUGAUUAUAUUCAUCUUUUAUGCAUGUUGUUGAAAUUUAUAAUGAAUCAUGCAAAGGUUAUUUAUGAACUACAUGUUUUAUAUUUCGAAAGAAGGGCUUAAAUAAAAUUUGCC